UUUUGAUAUUUGUUUGGUUUUGACGUGUAACCUAUUACUUUGACGCUUUCCCUUUAUUUACAAAGAAUUUAACAAAAAACUGCUUAGAAACUUUCCAAAAAUGUCGAGUGGUCAAUGGGAAGUUGUUGGGAAGAGCAAGAAGUCUCAGAAUGGCAAGAUAAAAACUAAAGAAGAUGAAAAGAAAGCUGUAAAAAAUGGACCGAAACUCGAGGAUGUCGGUGGGUAACUUUGGUUUUCCUAUGCAAUUUGCUGUUGUAGUACUAAAUGUUUCUCUAUUCAACAGAAUAAAUUAUUUGCUAUUUUACUGUAUGUUGUUAAUUCUAGACUCAAAAUGAUGUAUCAUAAAGUAAUAACAGCAUUAUUUUUGUAACAAACCUCAACGAUAGGUAUCAAUAUUGAAUAUUUUCGAAAUACCUAAUAUUUUAAAAUGCACAUGCAAGUGAGGCCAGACGCCGGUGAAAAAAUAUAUGACUACUAUAUAUUUGUAAUUAUUAGUUCCACAUUCCCAAAUUAAAUCAUUCUAUUCUGGAAUGGAAAUUGAUGAUGUAAAACCUGCUAAAGAGAAAAAGAAGGAUGGUGAUAAGAAGAAGAAACAAGACAAGAAAAAUGCUGAACCUCCCAAACCCAAGCCCCCCAAAACUAUUGAGGGUGCUCUAGAAAUAAUGGAUGCAGCAGAACUAGCCAACAUUAUAACGUCAAACAAAAUCCGCUUUUCUAAUGCCCCGCUUGUGUGGCUAAAAGAAGUAGCAGCCUUCCUUAAUUCUAAGACUCAAAUAGAUGUGGAAGACCCCACGUUUUCCUCAUAUCCCGCUCUUUUUCCGUUGUCUGCGGUCCCUGAUGAGAUCAGGAAAUCUCUGUCUGAUGUCCUACAUGACGCUGGAAAGGCCAACGCGCAGUUGUUCUUCGAUGUUACUCUAACAGCUCUAGCAAAUGACAUGAGCAGAGGUCAAUCCGUGAAUGGCCACAGACUAUUGUUACAAAUGCUAGCACAGGAUUAUCCGGAAUUCUGCGUCACCUCUGUACAAAAGAGUGCUAGUCUCCGGAACUCCUACCAGAACAGACCACCUAUCGGACUCUCCCUACUAUGGGCGUUCGGUCAGGGUGGUAACAGCGAUUUUGCUGUUGGCCUGAAAGCUUGGCAGGAAUUAUUCCUUCCUAUUAUCGAGCUUAAGAACUAUACCAAGUACGUAGUAGGAUACUUGUCGAACCUUCUAGACGAACACGGUACUAUGGAAAACACUAAAGUCAGCCAGGACCAGCUGUUUGCCAUGAUAGACAUGGUAAACAAUAAAAGGAGCGCUCUACCUAAGGAUCUGUCAAGUGACCUUAUCAAGCAAUUAAGUAAAUAUAAGGAUAUUUAUUUCAAUAAAAGCAAUAAUAAACUUCAAGUUACUUUCAAUCAACUUAUGAAGAAGUUGCCCAACCAGUAUCUGAGUGGUGCGUCCCUGGACCCAUACCACAGGGUGCUAGUAGACUGCUUGGUUGACUGCCUCGUGAGGGAUGACUCAUGUAACGCUACUUGGAGACAGCUCUUCCAUAGAUGUAGCAAACAGUCAGCUACAUUACUUGAUUAUAUUGAUGCUAAUUGGGAGGAAGUCAGCAAGAAACUGAGGCAGAAAUCUUUGAAAAUGACAGUUUUGCAAUACAAAGAAGUCUGCGGCGAAGCUCUGAAAGGCAAGAAGAAGGAUGAGACUGUUGUUAAAACAAAUAAAAUAUGCCAGGAUAUUCUAGACAGAAUGACAAGCACUAGAAGGUUCCCUUGGAUCUGGGCCAGCUUCUUCCUGCUGGUUGGCAUCGCUGGGCUGGUCUCAUAUGAUGUCUCCAGAGCUGGUGGCAAUUUUCCAAAAAGCGCAACAGGCCGUUUGCUCAACGACUUGGGUGUCUUGGAGCACAGUCAGCGUGCUUGGCAGAAGACGUUAUCGACGUCAGCUCGUGGCUAUCUCUGGUUAGAGACCAACGCACCGGUAUACUACACACAAACGGUAGAAACAUGCACCCCAUACGUGCUUCUCUCUAGAGAAUUCGCGUACGUGGCCUUGAAGAAGAUAGGAGUACUUUACACGAACACGAAGGACUACGUUGCCGAUAAAACCCCUGUGGUCGUGGCUACCAUAGAUCAGUAUGCGCCAGGCUUGGUCGAUAAUCUACAGAGUUACGCGUCGACUGGCUUCCAAACUAUCAAGAAGUACUCCAACGAUUACUAUCAGCUUACUGCUGAGUAUUUGAAGACUAAAGUAUUUGUAGGCGACUGGGCGCCAGAGAUACUGCAAAACAAGACAGAGACCGCUCUGAAUGUGACCCGGUCACAUGUGUCCUCAUACUUCCACUGGUUCCGGGAACAAGUGCACAUCUACUCCAAGAUACCCUGAAAAGUAACUCCUCUCUUUAGUGAUAACUGUGCUAAACAGACAGAGGACUGAGUUACUGUGCUAGUUGUGUCCAUUCUCAUCUCUUGUGCGACUGAUUGAUUAAUAUGAAAUGUGUUCAUUAACAAAGUUGUCUUCUAAUUACAAUAAAACAUUCCAAAAUCUUCUGUAACUAUAGUCGCAACUCAACUGUACUUAACAACUAUUUAGAUCUAGUAUAAUGUAAAUCAAGUCAUCUUGAUUUUAUUUGGUGAAUUUUGUAAAAUUUAUUGUUUAAUUUAUAACAAAAAUCAUUGAAUAAAGCAUUAUACAACACACCACACUCCUUGUCUACCCGUUAUUCAAAGUAGACCACGCAACAUGAACACAGUCCUCUGUCUGAACGUAUCCUUAUCAAACUGUUUUCUUUUAUUUUACAUUUCCUUUACGAUGAAAAAUUUAAAUCGAGUACAAUACACACAAUAGUGUCUGUAACAACGAACGGACCUAAUACAAAAUGUUUUAGCACACAAUGAUAUCAGAGAAGGAUAAAUAUUGUGCAAGCAAUUUAUGUAUAUCUCACUUGGAUGCAGGUAAUCCAAUAACUAAGAAACUACAUCUGAUCUCAUUGUGUACUAAAUGAUUUUGUUCGGACUUAUUUAUUUCUAAUCAUCAACAUUGUACACUCAAUUGUUUUUAAUUGAAUGCAAUAAUUAAAUCAUAUCAUCGAAGAAUAUAUUUUUACAAAAUUAAAUCCAUGACAAGGUCUACAAAAUUUUUAGUAGGUAUUUAUUUUAAAUAUGUAAUCUUGUAUUUGAAUACAUUCCUGAUGCAUUUAAAUACCUAACAGACUGGUGUCAUCUCACGAUUGUUCAUUAGUUACCUCUUAUUGUCAUCCAAAUAAUUCAUUGUUCAUUAUUGAAUCUUUUAACAAAUAAAUAAUAUAAUAGGGGUGUAAGCUUUUUGUAGUAUAUUUAUUUUGUGUUGAGAGAUCGUGUUUAAUAAGAUAUUUUGAAUGAAUUGAUAGAGGAACAACUUCAAAAUUGCGUUGUGUAGAUUAUUUGUAACUGUAUACCCAGACUUUCAUUCUUCCUGUAGUACUGAAAGAUUUGUUGAAGCUACUUUAAAAAAAAUACUCAUCAAUGUGGCUUCAACAUGAAGUACUGAACAAUGUUUGCAAUAAUUUACAAUUAAAACAUCAUAUGAAAUUUAUACAUUAUUUUCUUCAGUUCCAUUUAUUCUCAUAUAAACAAACUGAAGAGAAUAAUGUAUUUUCUCGCAUUGCCUAGUUUUUCCUCUGUUAGCUGUUUGAAUGAAUGAAAUACAAAAUUAUACAAACAUCCAGCGGACACAACAUUUUAAUUUAGAUACUUGUUCCACUGAAUAAUAUGAUAAAUGUUGUGUUGUACGAAAUAAUUGUAAGAAAUCACAAUUAAAUAUUGUUAGUGAUUUAA